AUGGACGGGUCUGUGAAUCCUCAGUGGUCUUUCGUUCCACUGGAUAUUCAAGGUGACCAGAGCUUCACUGCUGCUCCAGACGGUUUCCUCUACUACCGUAAGGCUAUCGACUCCGUCUAUCGUCUUCCAUUGGAUAAUCUGAUCGGCGCGGGUGAACUUUACGCUGGUGGAUGCGGCUGUGGUCUGGCGCCAAAUCAAGUGUGUACCUCGGGCAACGGCAAUCUCGUGAACUUCAAUCCCACUGGUGGCGUUGUCAUGCAAGACUACUCCGAAGGACCUGACUUCCGCUUUCUUAACUGGUGUGGAGAUUUCUGCACUUCUACUACGACUAGUGGUCCCUCGACCAGUAUCACUCCAACCCGUGGUCCUCGAACAA